AUGACACCUUCCGAGGCAGCAAACAAUGCCCUAAACGCCACUCUGGCAGCCGUGCAACCGCUCAUGAAGCGUUGCAUGAAGUUGAAGGAGGGCGAUCCAGAGAGUUUGACACUAUUGGAUGACAUUGCCAGGCGUGUGCUAAACCCCAUGCAGGCCAAAGAUCUAAGGAUGCAUGCUGGGGAUGCAACGUCAUUCUCCCUGCAGCUACUCUCCUGUGCUGCCAUGAUCCGGCAGUACUCCAAGGGCGGUACUUUUGAGUGCGUCCCCGACUGGACCUCUGUGUCAGACAACGACCUGAGGAUCCAGAGCCACCCAAGGUUUGACAAGACCGUGGGCUACCGCAGUCCCUCUGAGAUUGAGGUUUCUACCUCUUUUGAACCCGUAAAUUUACCUGUGUCUGCCGUCCUCUCCCCAACAGAUACUUUGACGCCGCAGUCCACGGUCUUGGUGGUCUUGCCGACUGCAUCCAUCGCAGAUGGAGAUCCAAUCACCUCACCGGACACUCCACCCAGACCAACAUCUCCCCCACCCAAGCCUGCGGAUGCAACAUCAUCCACUGACACUUCAGCACCUCCUGCUACUCCCUUCAAACACAAUCUCUUUGUGGCUGGCACUCAGAAGAAAUCUGCAAAGGUCGCGCCGCAGAUCGGAAAAAGUAAGAAGAGAAAAGCAGCAGACGACACUGACGAGGCGGUUACUGACACACCCGAGUUGCCUCCCCGGUCCUCGAAACUGAGGCAACAAAGGAAGAAGAAGUUCCGCUCGGAUGAAGACCCAGAGAAUGCUCCCACCGGAACGGUAUAUGUGAUCCCAAAGCAGAAGGUAUCGCUGCCUGUUGCCGCUAAGAAGGAUGCCGACCCGGCAGUUCUGGACACUUCUGAUGCGCCUGAUGACAAAGGUUUCCAGGAUGCAGACACCAGGCCUGCCCUAUGGGGCCAGGAUUCCCAUAUCGCUACCCCGUUGCAGGCAAUAUUCUGUCCGUCAUCACCCCCGGAAAUGAAAAUCACAUGUGCGAUCGAUGGCGUGGGUGUUAGGGAGAGGUUGCAGGCGAAGACCACUGUAGCAGCAUCCAAUCCUCCCAAGCACUCCGGAACGCGCAUUCUGAAGUCCCGCGCCAAGACACCUGGCCGCUCAUCUAGGAAGACAAACCUAGCGCCCCCGCCCCCUAGUUCCUCCGGCAGUGAACAAGAGGGUAAUGAUUUCGCAGAGGCAGAGCAACAGCCAACGGAUGUCCUGCCCGGAAAUGCUCCAAUGGCGCAACUUCCAACAACAUCCGCAGCCGACCCAGUCCCACAGCCCGAACAGGACGCCCAGCCUGCACCGGCCAAUGCCAUGGAUGCUGAGCCAACAGCAAGACACAUCUUGCAAAGCAUCCAGGACCUCGGCAGGAGGUUAGAUCUCUUCGCCACCAAUGAGCAGGUGGAGGCAUUGGAGGUAAGAGUUGCUUCAGCAGAGACCAACUUCAACCAACGGUUGAACACAUUGGAGCAACGGCUGAACAUCUCGGAUGCACGGCGGAGAGCGAUAUACACUAAGCCAAUAUUCAUGAGCCCGGCCCAUCUGAGAUCAAUGUUUGUGCUUUGGCAAAUCAACUGGGCCCGACAAGGCCCAAGGGAAUUCAUUUGGUCUCAGAAGGGCCCACAAAUCAAAUUAUACGGCAUAGACUUUGCAUUUGAUUUCGGAAGGGCCAGCUGGUUAUUUCUCUGGCCCAAGAUAGGCUCAUAUGAUUUCGGAAGGGCCCAGCUGGAUGUUUCUUGGGCCCAGCACAUAUGCAAGUUAUCUCGGAGGGGCUUCUAG